CAAAAGAAGAGAAGGGGAAAAGAAAACGGGAGAAUCCCUAUCCCAUCUACUCCGUCCGUUCAUUUGUGAAGAAAGAGAAACCCUAGCUAGCCUCCUAUUCCUCUUCCCUCUGCGGCGGCGACGGACGGGGCGGGUUCUCGCCGGACGAACACGCACGUCUACGGGGAGCGGCAGUGCGGAGUGAGAUCGGAGCGAUAUGGGAACCAACGACAACGGCGGCGGUGGGGUUGCCGUCGCCGGGGCACAGAUUCUGCCAAUUUUUGCAGCCAAGCGUAAGCGGGAGGAGGAUGACUUGGAGAAAGAUUGCUGUGAGUCUAUGCCUGGCUGCGAGGUCGAAGAAGACGCGAGCAGAUAUGGCAUUGACAAGAAUGGGGACAAGUGUGCUAUGGAUGCCAAGCAAAGUGAAAGUAGUGAUAAUAUGGAAGAGCAGUGUGCUACGGAUGUCAAGCAAAGUGAUAUUGCUUCUCUGGAGGAGAAGUGGAAGGUGAGUAUGGAGUUUGGGAGGGAACCGGAGCUCACAUGGGAAGAGAAGGUGGUCAAGGUUCUCCACAUGGUUCGCCGCCGAGAGAUCACUGAAUACAACCACAAGAUGGAUUUCUCAGUUCCUACACGCUUUUGCCACGAGAACAUAGCCUUCUUUGACCUCGACAAAGAGUCGAAGCUUGGGCGUGGGCUGCCAGUCAAGUCGCUAACUUUCUCUGAGUAUUGGUGGGGGAUGGACUCUGUCAAUGUCAUCGCCAUCAAGGUGGCGGAGUCUGAUGUUGGUUACCCUAUCAGCAUAUUUGGCACUGUGCUGGCCAGGGAUGAGUAUGACUUCAGGUGUGUCUAUUUGUUCAGGCGUGACAGGAACAAUCCCCAGAUCAUCACCUCGCCGGACGACACACUAACUUUGACAGGACCUAAUCGAGCACUUGGUGCACUAGACAGAAUGUAUUUUGAGUUCCAUUUGAAGAUUAGGGAUGAUGGUGGUGUUGACAAGGAUUUCUGCAAGGGUCUGCGAGAACACAAUGCCAUCUGCUACACAAGGAAGCCCAUGACUUUAUCACUAGAAAGCUGCCUGAGUACAGUUGAUUUGGUGUAUAGUCCUGUUUCAUUUGCUGUGGAAGCUUCGGUGGCAGUCAACAUUAAGGGAAUUGCAUCCAAGCUUUUCACUGGCAAAGUAACUGCUUGGACUACUGGAGAUGAUGAAAACAAAAUCAUCCUGUAUGACAGUGAAGCGGAAGGCACUAACAAAGUACUUGGAGCUGGUGGAUCAGUUGAUUUGACUCGUCGUUUUGUGGCUGUCCGACUGGACGAUGCACUGGUGCUCAAUGUGUCCGUUUCCGAGGGUGAUCAUAAAGCUGAAACCUUUGAUCUUGUUCUAGGACACAACGAUGAAGAAUGUAUUCGUGAGCAAGGUCCUUAUGAGCUGCAGGUGAAGGUUGUUUGGACAGCUGCCUUGAAGGAUGGACGGCGCAAUAUGUGGGAGUUUAUCGGUGACUUCAGGGUGUUAUGGUGAUAUGAUCUAUGUAGAUAUAUAUGGGAACGGUGUUACAUCUCAAGUAGUUCUAUCUUGUUAUGUAGAUAAGCAUUAUUCAGUUGAGUUGAGCUCGUGCUUAACUUGAAAAUUCUGUCUGCAAGACUAACAUAGUUACUAUAUGUACUGUCUCCAGUGAAUAUGGUUUAGCCUAGCAUGUGUGACUUUGAACCUUCUCAACAUGGCAAGUGUAAUUUUGCAAUCUCGGAGAAGUGUUCUGUCUGUCUCUCAUUGGGAGCAUUAAUAAAUUGAUGAAGCUGUGCUCUACAAUAUCACUUGAUCAUUUUUUUAGUGAGGGGUAUUGUUCACGUGCCCGUACUAUUCACCAUUGCUGCCCGCUGUUCAUGCCGUGCUAAU